CGGCAAAGCGCCCUGUGCUUUCCUUGAGUUCAUCAGUUCGCAAGACUGUAGUUGCGUGCUUUCAAUCCUUGUGUCGUCCUGUGGUUUGUAUAGUGUGUAGUUAGUGUGUUUGUAUUAGAUCAACAAAAGAUUCAGAUACUGAAUUAGUGCAGACGUUAUUGUGAUGAAGGUGGUCUAUUUCGGUCUGUUGUGUUCAACUGAAAGGUAAAAGAUACUCAGCUACCAAUGAUAUCAUCAUCAUCUAAAUCAAUGCAAUUAUUCAGUUGUUUGAUCACGAGAAGUGAUUCUUCUAGCAACAGUGAUAAUAUGCCAUUAGAACGGUCCAACAAAACCAGGAGGAAUUAAAAUCGUAUGGGGCACACCACUAGAACCACGAUCACCAGGAGAAAUACGCUGCCAUCUCUGACGCCUCAUGCAUAUUCCCAACUUCAAGGUCUACCGAAAUCUGCCUCUGACAUAAUCGUAUUGGAACUCCGUGCCUUUCCGUUCCUGACAGAUUUCCACCUAACACAGAUGAAUGUGGCGCCUCCAUUUCCAGCGUCAAGGAAUAAAGCAAGGAAUCAAACAGCAAUCAUGUUAAGAAGUUGGCUGCACUGUCACUGUGAACUAAAUAUCCGGGCUACAAAAUCAAGAAAAACUACAACUCUCAAAUGCACCAUAGAAAGAAGAAACAGCAACCACUAUCAACUGACACAGAGAAUGAGGAAAGAAUGGACAGACAGUAAUGCUGCAUUGCAAGCUGUACAAAUGAUGACCCUGAACAAUGCAAGGAUGGCAACACAUGAGCGGCAGUGACAGGGAAGAACAAAGAAUUGUGGCCACAGACGGUAAAAGUGACAGUAGCUCGAUGAUAACGCGUGUAAUAACAUUGCGGGGACAGUAAAAAAUCACAAAAGUCUAAACCCUGAUUGAAACUGAAAUACAAAGCAUUUCUGAUGAAUGUGGCAAAGACCUGGGCAGCAGAACCAGAGUCAGACACAGACUUAG